GAGAUUACGACAGAUCGACCCAUUCUGGAAGACACUAACUAGCUUGUAGAAUGGGCGACCGCGGCAACGUGUACUACGCGCCUACGGGCGAGACGACUGAAUGGGAGGACAUUUUGGUCAAGAAGGGUAUUCUCGCACCCAAGACGAAGGUCCCUGAUGAGGAGGAGCAGGAAGAGGAAGAGCAGGUGGACCCUCGCGAGAACGCGACGCUCGAUGAGUUGGACGAGAUGGAGGACGAUUACGACGACGACGCCGAGCUGGCGCGUAUCCGCGAACGUCGAAUUCAGGAGAUGAUGGCGCAGGCGGCACGUAACAAAUUCGGAGACGUGCAGCCCAUCGCCAAGGACGAGUGGACUAAGGAAGUGACGGAGGGCAGCAAUGAUCACUGGGUCAUCGCCUACCUCUGGGACGACGCGCUCGAGGAGUGCAAAGUUAUGGACCAUGUGCUGCGAGAGGUGGCGAAGAAGCACCGCGACGUCAAGUUCGUGAGCAUUCAGGCCCAGGCCUGUAUCGAGAACUGGCCAGCCCGGAAUUGCCCCACACUCUUCAUGUACCACAAGGGUGCGCUCAAAAACCAGCUCCUGGGUAUCCGCAAGCUCAACGGUCUCGACAUGAAGGUUGAAGAUCUUGAGGAAUACCUGGCAAAGGCGGACGUCUUCAAGGCAGACGACUAGUUCCGUUGGUAAACUUAGCUGCAUACUGUGUGUUGGAGCAUAGAGUGCGAAAAAAAAACGCUUCUAAUGUGCACUUACGAUAGAUUUUGCCUAGCAAUGUAUUGCUGCUGCUGUCCAUUGCAUAAUUUUAGUCCUGCAGUACCUUGGGGACCUUAAAGUAGUAGCCAGACUUCUCGGCAGCAUUUGCCAACACCUUCUCCGCGCAGUCGCCUUCAGUAACGACGUCGUCUCUGAGAGGAGCCACCACACCUACGAUACCAAAAAAAUGCAGACAAGCAACACCAUUAGAUGU